UUUCCUGACCGAGGCGCCAUUUUCUGCCGCCGUCGCCGCCACUAGGAGAGUUGGUUCAGUAAAGGCAGUGCCUAGAAAAUUCACUGCUUUUCAGCCGGGUUGCUGCUCGUUCGGCUCGUCUGCCGCGUUAGGAACGCGCCAACAUGAGCGACGUGGAGGAGAAUAACUUCGAGGGGAGGGAGUCACGCUCCCAGUCAAAAUCUCCAGCUGGGAGUCCUGCUCGUGUAAAAUCUGAGAGCAGGUCAGGAUCUCGUAGCCCAUCAAGAGCUUCUAAACAUUCUGAAUCACGGUCUCGAUCAAGGUCAAAAUCCAGGUCCAGAUCAAGAAGGCAUUCUCACAGACGUUACACUCGCUCUAGAUCCCAUUCACAUAGAAGAAGAUCACGAAGCAGGUCAUACACACCAGAAUAUCGGCGCCGAAGAAGUCGCAGUCACUCUCCAAUGUCUAACCGAAGAAGGCACACUGGCAGCAGAGUAUGUAGUGCUAAUCCAGAUCCUAAUACAUGCCUUGGAGUGUUUGGUCUCAGUUUGUAUACUACUGAGAGGGAUCUUCGUGAAGUUUUCUCCCGCUAUGGACCCUUAAGUGGUGUCAAUGUGGUAUAUGAUCAACGAACUGGGCGAUCAAGAGGAUUUGCUUUUGUUUAUUUUGAAAGAAUAGAUGAUUCAAAAGAGGCAAUGGAACACGCAAAUGGCAUGGAGCUGGAUGGCAGGCGGAUCCGAGUGGAUUAUUCUAUCACAAAGAGAGCGCACACGCCCACUCCUGGCAUCUACAUGGGCAGGCCAACCCAUAGCGGAGGUGGUGGCGGUGGAGGAGGAGCUGGACGUCGCCGUGAUUCCUAUUAUGACAGGGGAUAUGACAGGGGAUAUGACAGAUAUGAAGAAUAUGAUUACCGUUACAGGAGGCGAUCACCUUCACCUUACUAUAGUCGUUAUAGAUCACGAUCAAGAUCUCGCUCCUACAGCCCACGGCGCUAUUGAAGAAGAGAAGCUGGUUACAGUUGCAAAUACAAUUUUUAAACAGCAAAUUCUGACCUUAGCUUUUCCUAUAGAUACCCUGCAGUUAUCCUAAAUCCUAUUAAAGAUCCUUGGUUCAUUUAGAAUAUAUGUAUUUUCAGUUGAAAUACCAAUUUUUCAUCUUUUCUUAUUGUAAUAGUCCAGGUGUGAUUGUUGUAGUUUUGUGUACUUAAAUAUCUUUAAACAACAGCUAAAUAGGAAUCUCAAAGUGGUAAAAUAUUUUGUAAAUCAUUAUUUUUUCUUUUUUUUUUUUAAAGCAAGUGGAUUUUUGUUGAACUUAAUGAGGAGUGGAGAAAGAACUGGUGUGUAAAAGCUUGACUGUUGUAUUUCACUAGAAAGCUACUAUUUUAAUAACCUGUUUAUCUUUCUGCCUGAUCUUUUUUUAAAAAGUGUUGUCCUGUAUGUUUGGUUAUAACACAACUCAGUAAUAACCAUAAGCUUGGGUUUUCAUUUAUGUUUUAAAUGUAGUAAUUAGAAUAAUAUUGGAGGGAAUUUUGUGAGAACACAAAUUGUUGCACGCUGCAAAUUCCAUCUUUGUGUCAUAUAAAGUAAUCUCAGUGCUAAGAAGGUUACAUUUAAAAUUAGCUUAAAAUAUUAAAUGGAUGUUUCAGGGAAUUGUUAUGUUUACUGCCCCAUAAUCAGGACAGGCCUACUUUGCUUGAUAUAAAUACUAGAUCUCCUAACAGCAAUUGGUAUACAAAUUAUGGUUAAGCAGGUUCUAUUUGGUAAUUAGAAUUAAGCAAUUAUUACUUACCAAAAUAAAUUUAAAUUCUGCUAAUACAACCUUUCAGUAGUUAAUAUGCAUAGGUGUGUUAGGUUUCAUUCAAGGAUGAGCAGAAAUAUGUACAAUAAAACAAAUGGGGCUAAUUAAAGUGUUGAAUGCAUAUCUUGACCUCUGAAUUCUAGAAGUGUCAGUGAACAUCACUUUGAAACAGUAAAUACUAUGGAACUAGACUGUUAUUAAAUCCAACAUGUGGAAAUGAGCUUGAGAAUAUAUAGUCUGAUUGCAUUAAUUAAAUGGUAGGUAUACUACAUGCCGCUGGGCAGAGAGACAGUGCAAAAGUGAACCCUAAUAGCUGGAAAAGGACAACUGGGCAUGCAAAAGACACUGAUAAUGCCCGAUAGUGAGAGAAGCUCCCCACAAACACCAAAAUCAGCAGAGGCUCAAGGCUGUUCAUGUAUUUUGUUACUAGCAUAAGGGCAAAUCACAAGUAUGAUUCCUCAGCGGAGCAAAGUUGGAAAUUCGACUGAAGAGACAUUGUAAUCACUAGGGAUUAGCAUCUUGGUAUUUCUCCCAACCCAAACCACAAUCAAUAUAAUAUAGAAGUUAGUUUUUUUUAAAUAGCUCAUUCUGGGAGCAAUCACCAGUCUCUGAUAAAAAUGUUAGGGAUGUUCUAUCAAAUUGUGUACAUAAGAAGGGUCUUUAGUCCAGUAUGUUUAUACUGCAGCCAGCCAGAUGCAUAAAUAGGACAUGAGUCCUAACAGUACACUUUUCUUAAUGUUCCCCAGAGAUACAGUGUGUAUAGGUAUACCAGCUCUGAUACUGGAGGUAAUGUCAGUGUGACUAGUGGUUAGCAAUAGCCUUCGUAAUGAAUUUGUCAAAUUCCCCUUUAAAGCCACACACAUUGAUUGCCAUCAUUACAUCUCAUCAUAGCAAAUUCCAUAGUUUAACUGACAUUUCUAUACCACCCAUAGCCAAAGCUCUCUGGGUGGUUUACAAUCAUCAUGGAAUCAUACACUCAAGUACACAUCCAUAUUCUAACCAGGCCUAACUCUGCUUAACUUCUAAGAUUAGGCAGGAUCAGGCAGUUAAGACUAAAUGGAACAAGUGCUUUUAUUUGUCCUGAAUCUCCUACCACUCAAUUUCAUGAAAUGACUCCAGAUUCUAAUAAGAAAAAGAAAAAAAAUCCCUAUCUCCUUUGUUCAACACAAUAGAUAAUUUUGUAUUCCUCUAAUGUUUCACCUCACCUUUUUUCUAAAAGAAUAGCCCCAGGUGUUGCAAUUUUCCUUUAUAACAGAGUUGCUCUAGCACCUCGAUCAUUUAAGUUGUCAUUUUCUGUACCUUUUUCAUCCAUAAUACCCUCAUUUUGGUGCAUUGACCAGAACUGUACACAGGAGUCCAAAUGUGAUUUCACAAUAAAUUUGUGGAAGGGCAAUAUGACACUGGCAGUUUUAUUUUCAAUGCCUAUCCUAAUUACACAAAAUACGGAGUUUUCUGUUUUAUAGCAGUUACAAACUGGGCCAACAUUUUCAUGUCCUGGCCACUAGAAUCUCAAUCUUUUUCUUGGUCAGUCAUUGUUAGCUCAGAUCCCAUCUGGGGAUGGGGGGGGGGGCAUUGUGUACCAUUUCAAACUUACUUACAUCAAACUACAUUUGACAUUUGGGCAGUGGUACAGUUUGGAAUUAUUUGUAAUGCCAUUUUGUUUUGCCAUACUCUAUAGGGUUGACUACUUCACUACUCAAUCCCAGUUCCAGAUCAUUCAUGAACAAGUUGAAAAGCACUGGCCCAAUUCAUUUCUCUGUGGGACCCCCCACUGUUUACAUUUCUCCAUUAAGAGAAAUUACCAUUUAUCCUCACACUCUGCUUUCUGUUCUCCAACCAGUUACUGAUCCAUAAGAGAACUUUUCCUCCAUGACUGUUAAUUUUGCUCAGGUGUCUUUGGUAAGAGAUUUUGUCAUGAAUCUUUUGGAAGUGCAAAUAAACAACUUCUACCAGUUCAA